GUUCAACAAUAAUCGCAAAAGAACGAACCACCCCUCUUGAUUUUCGCAUCGCGAUAUCCUCAAGAUUGCAUUGCGAUUUAAAACCAUACUUUAUCUGCCUAUAUCACGUCAAGCCACGACACCGCAGCCAGUCGCGCUGUGUUCUCGCCACGAUGGAGUACGACCACAUGAUGGAUGGCGACUUCAAGGAUGACUUUGGACCCAAGGUCCAGGUGUCUGCGGUCGACGAAAUCCAUGUCGAUUUCGAGCUGAGUAAUGUUGACUUGUCACUUGCCAAUGGCCUCCGUCGCGUCAUGCAUGCGGAAGUUCCCACCGUCGCGAUCGAUCUUGUCGAGAUCGAAGUCAACAGCUCUGUUCUUGCCGACGAAUUCAUUUCCCACAGACUCGGACUAAUCCCCCUUAACUCGAGCAACAUCGAUCAGCUCAACUACUCGCGAGAUUGCGACUGUGACCAGAACUGUGAACGAUGCAGUGUGAUUCUGGAUCUACAUGCUAAGUGCACUACGGAUGAUAUUAUGAAGGUUUACGCCAGAGAUUUGUUAGUUCGUCAAGAGAGACCUAACAACCUUAUUGGCAACCCUGUCAUCACCGAUCCAGAUCACCUCGGCUCGUUGAUCUGCAAGCUGCGUAAAGGACAAGAGCUCAAGCUUACAUGCAUUGCCAAGAAGGGUAUUGCGAAGGAGCAUGCCAAGUGGUCCCCAGCUGCUGCCAUUGGGUUCGAGUAUGACCCUCACAACAACCUUCAUCACAUUGAUCUCUGGCACGAGGACCCCGAGCAUAUACAGGAUGAAUGGCCGAAGUCGAAGUACGCGGAUCUCGAAGAGCCCCUCGGCGAUAACGAGAUCUUCGAUUACGAUGCUGUUCCGUCGCGAUUCUACUUCGAGGUCGAGGGCAUUGGCAACAUUUCUUCCGAUACGAUUGUUUUGGAGGGCGUCAAGGAAAUACAGCGCAAGUUGGCUGGGCUUAUCCACGGGCUCGGUGAGAACGAUGGCAUGAACGGCGACUACGACGGCCCCCGAAGCCCUGACGCGAUGGAUGGAGGCGCGAACUACUUAGAUCAAGGCUACACUACACCUUACGGUAACACCGGAGGUGCUAGCGCUUGGGGUGGUGGUGCGACAGCCUAUGGAACGACACCGUACGGCAACUCCGGCUCGAGCGGAUGGAAUUAGACGGUGCGCUAUGUUAGAUGAACUCGAUACAUCUGGAGAGAGUAGCGGCACCAAGCUACUUGUACAAUAUGGAUAAACGACACUAGAUCAAGUUCGAGAAUUGGUUCUCCUGAGAUUGGGUCUCUGAUUUCAUUGCAUGGUACGGAGUUUAGGAGACGCUAGUCUGGGGAAAAGGGUCUUGCAUGCAUGAUGCUUUGAAUUCUUCACGUGGCAAUUGCACAUCCUCGAGGAAUAAUAGUCUAGGAAAAGAUCACAUAAUGCAAAUCAUAUAA